CUGGUCAUCACAAUCAGCAUCAGUUCAUCUGGUGAGAUUAUCUCUGUGGUUGGGGGCAGCUAUUUGAGAGUGCAUUAGUGCAGAUUGUGUACAGUGCUGUAGCGUAUGAGCGACGAGGAAGACACUAGAAAGGACGACCGGAUCCUGCGAUCAGCAAGGUGCCCACUAGCCCAUUUGGCGUUAGGUCUAGAGGGUGACAGGUACGGUCUGUACGAGUUUGUGGUGAUGCCUUUCGGUUUUUGCAAUGCUCCUGGCACCUUUCAGCACACUAUGAAUCGGAUCUUUCAUGACUACUUGGAUAAGUUUGUCAUCGUGUACCUAGAUGACAUACUUAUUCUUAGUAAGACUGUCGAGGAGCAUGUUGCGCACUUGGACAAAGUCCUCAGUCUUUGCAAUGCUCCUGGCACCUUUCAGCAAGUUAUGAAUCAGAUAUUCCAUGACUGCUUGGAUAAGUUUGUCAUCGUGUACCUCGAUGACAUACUUAUUUUUAGUAAGACUGUCGAGGAGCACGUUGCGCACUUGGACAAAGUCUUGAGUCUUCUGCAACAACACAAGUUCAAGAUCAACGGUGAGAAAUGCAAGUUUGGCAGCACUCGUGUCUUGUACUUGGGUCAUGAGAUUUCCGCGGAGGGAUUGAAGCCCGAUGACGCGAAGGUGGCCAACAUUCGUGACUGGCCGCGUCCUCAGUUUGUGAUUGAGAUGAGAUCUUUCUUAGGGAUGAACGGCUACUAUCGCAAUUUCGUGAAGAACUAUAGCAUAGUUGCCGCCCCUUUGAUUGAUCUGACGCGCCUUGACACCCCAUGGGAGUGGACUGAGAGAUGCGAGGCUGCCUUCAGACAUCUGAAGCAUGCGUUGAUGCAUUACGAAGUCUUGAAACUUCUUGAUCCUGAUAAGCCAUUUAUAGUAACUACGGAUGCUAGCCAAUAUGGCAUAGGCGUUGUACUUGCACAACAGGAGGGGAAGAAGUUGAGGCCAGUUGAGUACAUGUCCAAGAAAAUGCCGUCUCAGAAGUUGGCUAAGUCCACCUAUGAGAAGGCUCUGACCCAUUGGAGGAACUACCUCCUUGGGAGGUUCUUCAUUCUCAGGACUCAGUCGGUACUCUCUGAUGCUCUCAAGCGUUGGAUCGAAGUCAUUGAGCAGUAUGACUUCGAGCCCCAGUACAUCAAGGGCGAGUAUAACAAGGUUGCUGAUGCCUUGUUGCGUAGACCUGAUUUCUCAGGUGCGCUGAUGACUGAGUUCAAUCUUGCGGACAAUGUUACUCAGUCUUUGGUGGAAGCCUAUCGCGAGGAUCCGUUCAUGUCUGAGAUCAUCCGUAGACUCGAGGCGAAGGACAAAGUGACUUCUGCUGAGUUUGAGUUGGUCAACGGCUUGCUGUUCCUUGAGAAGGCUGGGAAUAAACGUUUGCGUGGUGAGAGCCUGUCCAUGGACUUCAUGGAUACGCUGGUCACCGGCAAGAGUGGAAUGUGGUACAUCUAUGUCAUUGGGGAUAGGUUUAGUAAGUUUGCUAGAUUAGUUGCAAUGCCAGGAACAGCUAAAACGGAGUACGUGAUUAAGAUGUUCAAAGAGAAUUGGGUUAGAGACUUUGGAUUACCUAAGUCCAUUGUUAGUGGCAGGGAUGUCCGAUUCACAAGUGAGUUGUGGAAAGCAGCAGCUGCAGAGCAAGGCACGCAACUGCAGAUGACAUCAGGCAAUCAUCCUGAGGCAAACGGGCAAGCUGAACAAAUGAACUGCGCUGUACAACACCUGCUAAGGCAUUACAUCAAGCCAAAUAAGGUAGAUUGGAAUGAGAAACUUGCUCUCAUCGCAAGUUUGUACAACAAUGCUGUGCACAGUGCAACUGGAGUCAGUCCUAAUAGCUUGCUGCUGACCUUCAGACCCCGACUGCCUUUAGACUUCCUACUACCUGACAAUCAGCCGAAUGCUGCACCUGGGACGUUAGAGUUUGCUUGUCGGUAAGAGUUUGCUUGUCGGUAUGAGCAGCUAAUGCAGCAGGCUGUUGAACAGAUGCACAGGGCACAGGCGGCGAUGAUAGAGUCUGAAAACAAACACCGCCGUCCAUC